UCAGUUUAGUGCUGUUUAUGUGCUCAUUCUGCGUAAUACUUCCAUGCCUAAAAGCGGGCGCAGAUUCCGACAAUAGCACAAUUGCGGUGUUCGAUCCUGUCCUUAAGGAGCGGGAGCAUCAGGCCGAGGUAGCUGCCCUCCAGGCCUAUCAACCCAACCCCGAAGCAGUUGCAGAUGACCUACUUCAAGAUGUUGAAACGAUUUUGGAAGGGACCAACACCACAAGGAGGCAUCUUGGGCAUAAGUACAAAGGCCCAUGCACGGCCACAAACCCUAUUGACCGGUGCUGGAGGUGCAAUAGCGAAUGGUCCAAGAACCGGAAGCAGCUCGCCGGUUGCGUGAAAGGGUUCGGGCACAGGACCCGCGGAGGAAAGCGCGGUCCCAUCUACGUCAUCACCGAUUCCUCCGACGACGACAUGGCAAACCCCAAGCCAGGAACUCUCCGCCACGCCGUGAUCCAAACUGGCCCACUUUGGAUCAUCUUCAAACACAGCAUGACCAUCAAGUUGAAUAAGGAGCUACUUGUGACCAGCCACAAGACCAUCGACGGCCGUGGCGCCAACGUUCACAUCGCCCACGGUGCCGGAAUCACCCUGCAGUUUGUCCAGAAUGUGAUAAUCCACGGCCUUCACAUCCACGACAUUGUGUCGGUCGGAGGUGGCCUGAUCAGAGACUCAUUGGACCACAUUGGACUUAGGACCCAAAGUGAUGGAGAUGGUAUCUCCGUCUUUGGAUCCUCUCACAUCUGGCUCGACCAUCUCUCCAUGUGGAACUGCUACGAUGGGCUCAUCGACGUCAUCCAGGGAUCCACCGCCAUUACCAUCUCCAACUGCCACUUCACUCACCAUAACGACGUGAUGCUUUUCGGAGCAAGCGAUAUAUUUGAAGGCGACAAGAUCAUGCAAAUCACGGUGGCGUUCAACCACUUCGGGAAGGGCUUGAUCCAGAGAAUGCCAAGGUGCAGACACGGCUUCUUCCACGUUGUGAACAACGACUACACCCACUGGCUCAUGUACGCCAUUGGAGGCAGCUCACACCCAACCAUCAUCAGCCAGGGCAACCGCUACGUCGCCCCACCAAACCCUGCAGCAAAGGAGAUCACAAACAGGAACUACGCAACCGAGGAUGUGUGGAUGACAUGGCAAUGGAGAUCGGAAGGUGAUCUAAUGGAGAACGGAGCCUACUUCCGCGAAUCUGGAGUGCCGAGAACGGGCGGAGAGUUCAGCCGCCAUGACAUGAUGAAGGCAAAGCCAGGCACAUUUGUGAGGAGGCUCACACGCUUUGCGGGUACUCUUGGAUGCAAGGUUGGUAAGGAAUGUUAACAAUAUAGUAUGGGGACUGCAGGCUGCUGUAAAGGGAUGUGUCUACAGUCUUGCAGUACCCCCUAAAUUAGUUGAAGAGUUGCCAAAAUGGGGGUUGUGAUGUUUGCAACGCACUCCGGCCCCUUGAAAGGUUUAUGUUCUCUUCUCUGUGAUUAAUAUAUUCAAUGUCGAUAUUAAGUAGUACUAUUACUAAUAUAUAUGUUCAUCUUUUACUAUUAA